GGAGAAGCAGGUUGUGGGGAUCAGCUCCCUGGCCCCCGAGUAUCAUCUAAAAUGGCUCAUGGACCUGCUCCAGUCAGAUCCUUUUCAGGAGAUAGUAGAUGUCAGAUACCUUCUAAUGACAGAGAAAAGGGCUGGUUGGAAGAGAGAAGCUGAUGAUUGCACUGUGGGAAUUCUGUAUCACACAAUGAAAUGUGGACGAUUUGAAAUCUCAAAAUAUGAAGAGGAACUAAAAUAUCUUUCUAAAAAGCUUGGUGAGGUUAAAUGGAAAAUCCAACCUUUUUAAUGUUAUUUUAUUGUUUCGCUCAUACAUUGUACAAUCAGAUUUAUAAUUCUUUAAUCAAUAUUAUAUAUACUUUAUAUUUCAGACAAAGCAAGUAUUUUACACAUCACAAUACUGAUCAAUAACAAUCCAUUUGUUUCCAUGGUAACUGCCAAACAUUUAGCAUGUCAAUACAAAAUAUUGUAUUUUUAUUUCCAAAAUAAUAAUGUGCAGGUAAAGAUUGAAAACAUCAAUAAAAAUAGGGUUAUAUUAGCAAGUGAAGCACUGUGGGAAUAUGUCCUAUUAAUAAGCUCUUAAUAUAACUUCCCAUGUAUUCAGCCUUAUUCUUUCAGAUCCUGGCUCUGCAGUAGAUACUAAUUUACUGCUUUUUGGGUUUCACAGGUAAGGAGAGAGUUAUGGUUGUGAUAGAUGAUGUGGAGAAAGGUGAUGAUAAUGAAACAAAGAAAUUUAUUGAUAACAACCAAGGCAUCCUGUCCCUGUCCACUCACUUCCUCCUCAUUCCUUUAAACAACAAGGAAAAAGCUGCUCGUGAUAAACUGGACCAGAUCUGCAAGGAUCUUAGAAGAGGUAACUCGUUACGUUAA